AAUCAGCCAGGGAAGUUUUGGUUCUCUCAAAGUCCGGUCAUCUCACUGUUCACAGAUUUUUGUGUUCAUCAACAAAACAGAGACCGCUGGAAAUUCCUGCAGGUAUUUCCAGAAUUAUAUGGUGACAAUGAUACACAUCUAACAGCAUACUGGCUGAUUGAUGGGGAUCAAAGUGAUGGAUGCUACAAUCUUCAGUGCAAAGGAUUUGUACCUUAUAAACAAUCAAAAUACAAAUUAGGAGCUAAAAUUAGACCGCUGUCCACUUAUGAUGGAGAUCAAUAUGAUAUUACUUUAAAAAUAUUCAAGGAUAAAACAACCGGAGACUGGGUGCUGCACGCUGGGCGCCGUGGGGACAAACCUAUUGGCCACUGGCCGAAGUCUCUUCUGCCGUAUCUAGAGGAAGCUGCUACUUUCGUCCAAUUUGGUGGCGACGUCUCUUAUCACCCCGGCGACAGGGCUCCCCCGAUGGGAAGCGGCCAUUCUCCUGAUGACGGCGACAAGAGGGCAGCGUAUGUUAAGGACGCUUUCGUGUUCACGCAGAUAGACGCGGUUGCGGUUCCCUCACCGGACGUACUCCAGAGUAAACCGGAGUGUUAUAGUUUCCCUUUUGGAGGAUACCACGCGUAUGCUCCGGCUUACGUUGGUGGUCCCGGUGGUUGUUCUUCUUAGAAAUUAUUAUAGCAUGCAUAUAUAAACCCGUCAAUAAUAAUAAGGCCGCUGUGGUUGCUUCCGAGAAUUGUUUGCUUGUGUCGCCCUUUUGCUUUGCUGAGAUUUAUGUUUCCAGUGGUUGGUGAUCAAUUGGGUCUCUUGAAGU